AUGGACACUGAGCUUCAGACCAAGACAGUUAACUCACGCAGUGGCACCUGCAAGCGGGUUAACCGCAGCCCAGGACUCGAAGAACGUCCCGCUGAGCGCGUGAGUGCUCACAAGCUCUGGAGUCGCGCCGCGCCACAGCCACUGGCGCCUCCAGCCUCAGCGCCUGCGGGCUCUGCGUCACCGUCCGGCGAGGGCUUGCGCUCCGCCGCGCGCUGCUGUCCCCCGAUCCCGCCGCCAGGCGCCGCCCUGGCUGCCGCUCCCCCUGCGGGAACCGCGCGGUGGUACAGCCAGGCUCCCGGCGUUGGCGAGCAGGGGCUGCGCAUAGCGCAGCGACCCCUGGGGGUCAGUCCCAGGCUCUGCAAACGGCCCUGGCCAUGCCCCCUACCGGCCCCCGAGGUUUCUGAGCGCCCAGGUCUCUCCCAGGCGUGCGCUCCUGCUGGCGGCCCUCAGCCACAUCUGCCCAUCUUUGGCACCUCACCAGCCCGCUGGACACUCGAGGGCAUCCCCGUAUGCCCUCCGGAGAUGGUUGCCAAGCCCAGGCGCCUGGCAUCAUCCCUUCCUCCCUCCUCUAUUCACCUCUCUGGCAGCAGAGUCCAGAGCCCUGCCAGCCUCUGGGACCAGGCACUCGUCCAGCAGCAGCACAAGUGCUCCAAAGACAUUGGCCUUGAUGUCAACCAAGGAGAGGCAAGGGGACCCUCAAGAGGACCUGGUUCCAGCCUCUCAAUGCAGGAGGGAUGCCACUGCCCGCUGAGAGACCACUCAGGAGACCCUCAUGUGACCCAGGGGACGCAGACUUUUCCUUACUGGCAACUAUCUCACCAUAGGACUAAAGGAAGAAGAGGGCCCAGAGAGUUCAAGUUACUGGACCAAGGCUGAACAGCCAAUACGUAGCUGUGUUACAAUCAAAGCCAGGUGUACUGUCUCCAAGGUCAGUUUCUCCACUCCUGGCCAUGAUAAGCUGGAUUACUGCCCACUGUGAGCUUCACUGAGAGGCGGACCCAGAGUGAUGCCCUCAACACAUGGCUGGUGGGCCACAGAACCAGUGUUAGAACCCAGGCUCCGUCCUCUGUGGGCAUGGCUCUGACAGAAUCCCACAGGGAGAGGCAGGGGACUUAUCCUUAUCCACCACACAUUUCCGUCCCUGGCAGCCACAGUGGUUCUCAACCUUCCUAAUGCUGUGACCCUUUAAUACAGUUCUUCACGUUGUGGUGACCUCCAACCAUAAAAUUAUUUCAA